CUCCACCUUCGUCGCGAGCACACGGCCCCGCCCACCCUUCGUGCGCGCCGCCGUCUCCUCCUCAUAACUCGGCCUCGCGGGAGCGCGCAAUGCGCAGGCUCAGUUCCUUGCGAAAAAUGGCGGCCGAUAAACAGAAGCAUCAUGACGGCCGGGUGAAGAUCGGACACUACAUCCUGGGGGACACGCUGGGGGUCGGCACCUUCGGCAAAGUCAAGGUCGGAAAGCACGAACUAACAGGCCACAAGGUCGCUGUCAAGAUUCUGAACAGGCAGAAGAUUCGAAGCCUUGAUGUGGUGGGGAAGAUCCGCAGGGAAAUCCAGAAUCUAAAGCUCUUCAGACAUCCACAUAUAAUAAAGCUGUACCAGGUGAUCAGCACGCCGACCGAUAUCUUCAUGGUAAUGGAAUAUGUCGCUGGCGGAGAACUCUUUGACUAUAUAUGUAAAAAUGGGAAGCUGGAUGAGAAGGAGUCCCGCCGUUUGUUCCAACAAAUCCUUUCUGGAGUAGACUACUGCCACAGACACAUGGUGGUGCACCGAGACUUGAAACCAGAAAAUGUUCUUCUGGAUGCACACAUGAAUGCAAAGAUAGCAGACUUUGGUCUGUCAAAUAUGAUGGCAGAUGGUGAAUUUCUGAGGACGAGCUGCGGCUCCCCCAACUAUGCUGCACCGGAAGUAAUAUCAGGAAGGUUAUACGCUGGUCCAGAAGUUGACAUAUGGAGUAGUGGGGUCAUUCUUUAUGCGUUACUGUGCGGGACCCUUCCAUUUGAUGAUGACCAUGUGCCAACACUUUUUAAGAAGAUCUGUGACGGUAUCUUUUACACCCCUCAGUAUCUGAACCCUCCAGUCAUUAGCCUAUUGAAGCACAUGUUACAGGUGGAUCCCAUGAAGAGAGCCACCAUCAAGGACAUCCGAGAUCAUGAAUGGUUUAAACAGGAUCUCCCCAAGUACCUGUUCCCAGAGGACCAGACCUACAGUACGAACAUGAUCGACGAUGAAGCCUUAAAGGAAGUGUGUGAAAAGUGCGAGUGCACGGAGGAAGAGGUGCUGAGCUGCCUGUAUAGCCGUAACCACCAGGACCCGCUCGCCGUGGCGUAUCAUCUAAUCAUAGACAACCGACGGAUAAUGAAUGAGGCCAAAGAUUUCUACUUGGCCACCAGCCCCCCGGAUUCUUAUGUUGAAGAACCUCAUGUCCCCCGUCCCCAUCCAGAAAGAGUACCAUUCUUGGUAGCGGAGUCCCCUCGGCAGAGACAUACGCUUGAUGAGCUCAACCCCCAGAAAUCUAAACAUCAGGUUGGGGUGAGAAGAGCUAAAUGGCAUCUUGGGAUUAGAAGUCAGAGUCGGCCAAAUGAUAUCAUGGCUGAGGUCUGCCGGGCAAUGAAACAGCUGGACUAUGAGUGGAAGGUGGUGAAUCCAUACUAUCUACGAGUCAGAAGAAAAAAUCCAGUGACUAGUAUGUACACUAAAAUGAGCCUGCAGCUAUACACAGUGGACAGCAGAACGUACCUGCUAGACUUCCGUAGUAUUGAUGACGACGUAACAGAAGGCAAGUGCGAUGGCGCCACCAGAAGACGCUCGGGAUCCACGAGCAACAUCCGCCCAGCCCAGAAAUCCGAUUCCGACGCAGAAGCCCCUGCAAAGUCUUCUGACGGUUCUGUCCCUUCGUCCCUGACCUCCUCCGUAGACUCCUCCAACAAUGACUUGGUCCCCCGACCAGGAAGCCAUACUAUAGAGUUCUUCGAAAUGUGUGCAAACUUAAUAAAAAUCUUAGCGCGGUAGGCGGAGCACCUAACUAUUUCAUAUCCAGCAAUAAACAUGCAGUAACUUGUAGCCAAAUGCUUCCAGUUUUAAUCCAGUCAUAACUAUACAAAGAGCUGAAAGCAACAUCAGAAAUGCUAUUUGCACAUAGACUGUUAGCUCUGAACCAGUUAAAGGGGUACUCCACUGCCUCAGCGUUCGGGAAACAU